AUGUUGGUGGCGGUGACCAAUAGGACCAGAACGACCACCACCUAAUCGUCCUCAGGCCUGGGCUCCCCAACCAUUAUGGGUUGCUGCCUCCGACGGCUACAGCUGCUCUCCACCUGCGUGGCCUUCUCCCUGGGGGCCAGCGUGGGCACCUCGCAGGGGCCCAUAGGUAACUGGUCCAUGUUCAUCUGGUGCUUCUGCUUCGUCGUAACCCUCAUCACCCUCAUAGUCGAGUUAUGUGAGCUUGAGGAUCACUUCCCCUUCUCCUGGGACAACUUUCUCAUCACCUGCAACUGCUACUCUGCCCUCCUCUGCCUCUCAGCCUCCAUCAUCUACCCCACCACCUACAUUCAGUUCUUGCCCGACAGCCGCUACCGGGACCGCGCUGUCACCUCCACUGCAUUCUCCUGCCUCGCUUUUGUGGCUUAUGCCAUGGAAGUGGCCUGGACUAGGGCCCAGCCCAACGUGAUCACAGGCUAUAUGGCCACCGUGCCAGGCCUGCUCAAGGGACUGGAGACCACUGUGGCCUGUGUCAUCUUCGUCUUCAUCAGCAGCCCCUACCUGUACCUGCAGCAGCCGGCCCUGGUGUGGUGCGUGGCCGUGUACUCCAUCUGCUUCCUCCUGUCAUCUGUGGCCCUCCUGCUGAACCUGGGCAAGUGUGACAACAGGCUGCCCGUCCCCUUCCCCAUUUUCCAGGUUGUGCUCACCCUGCUCUCCGUCCUCCUCUACGCCAGCGCCCUGGUCCUCUGGCCGCUCUACCAGUUCAACCAGAAGUUCGGCGGCCAGCCCCAGCGGUCCAGCGACGUGAGCUGCAGCGAUAGACUCACCUCCUUGGUGUGUACCUGGAACCAACGACUGGCUGUGGCCGGUCUGACAGCCAUCAACCUGCUGAUUUAUGUGACGGACCUGGUGUUCUCGGCCCACCUGGAUUUUGUCAGGGGCUGA